AUGUGGCCCUCGACGCCCAUGCACUGGGUUGUCCAAUUUGCCCUCGUAUGGCUGGUCUGUUUGUCUACGCUCGCGGUCGCUGAGCCGUUAUCCGUUGAUACGGUUGUCAAGUCAAUAGGGUUAAAUGGGAAGAUUGAUCUUGAGGGGAGCACUUCUACGCUACAGAAACGCGAUAAUGGGACUUUUCUGUUGCGAGUCAUGCCGCUGGGGGCGUCCAUUACCAUGGGGUAUCAGUCGACUGAUCACAAUGGGUAUCGAAAGGCAUUGCGGCAGCAGCUUCGGCAUGCGGGGUGGCAGGUUGAUAUGAUUGGGAGUUUGAGGAAUGGAACUAUGCAUAAUAAUCAACAUGAAGGCCACUACGGGAACAGAAUCGACCAAGUAGAAACCAAGAUCCAGGCGACCAUCCUCCAAAAACCAAACCUGAUAUUGAUCAAUACUAACCUAACCACCCCAAAAGCCUCCGGAACAAACGACGCCGACCAAAACUACCAAAUAACCACGGCAGGCCUACGCAUGAACACCCUCCUAACAACCCUCUACACCGCCAUCCCAACCACAACAAUAAUCCUCUCAACGCUGCUCCCCAACAAAAAACACCCGGACCAAGUCCACCAAAUCAGCUCCCAAUACCGGGAACUCGUUGAACUGCGUCGACAACAAGGCUACCGCAUCGUGCUCGCCGAUAUGAGCACUUUCAUCAAGAUGUCGCAGCUGGUGGAUGGGACGCAUCCGGGUGAUUAUGGGUAUACGGAGAUGGCGGCGGUUUGGUGGGCUGCGUUUUUGGACGCGGAGGCGGAGGGGUUCCUUGACUUUGCUGAUGGUACGGGGGCUGAUGGGAGGAUUAGUGCGAGUGAGGAGGCAGAGUUGGAUGGUGGUGAUAGUAUUGGGGAUCCUGGGUUGCCGACGAUAUACGGCGCCGGCGCAGCCGGGGGUUACGGAUGCGAGUGA